AUGGCCAUCGCGCUGAAGCAAGGGCUGAAAAAGAUGCAAAAGAAUGCUCCUAGCGAUUUGCUCCCUGCGGUCACCAUUCUGGUUCCAACCAAUCGCGCGCUUCUCGCCGCGAGUCUGAACCCCGCCUUCCUGAUCGACCUCAUUCAAAACAAGAAGAAGGUUCAGGGUAUCGCCAAGGUGAACGUGCUCGUAGGCGAAUACGACUACAGUACUUUGAAAUCUACACCCAAGGGGCAAGGGAUUCAAACGGCGGAUUCGAACAAGAAGGUCGCGAGAUACAAGGGCCAGGAUAGCCCGCUGAUGAAAGGCACGGGAUUGACGCUGGGUGUCGUGGGGGCGAAAGGACGAGCGGAGAAAGGGGAGAAUCGAUCGCGAGAUUGA